GUCACAAGAAUGAACUAUUCAACUCCUCCUAUCAAUCGCCUGCCAGUAGAACUCCUACAGCAAGAAUUCUUGCUCAUAUUAAACGAUAUUCAAGGAAACCCCAGUAUAUUCUCAUUUGGAGACACAUGCAUCUCAGCCGAUGUUGCCAGUCCUCCCCUACUCCUCACUCACGUGUGUCGCCUUUGGCGAGAUAUUGCACAUUCGACGACAGCAAUCUGGUCGCGCAUCCAUGUUGCACUUCCCGGCCGAAUUCAACCAUUGAAACCGUUCCUUCCAUCUCUACUAGAGGUUUGGCUCGCCCGCUCAGGACGUCGCCCCCUCAGCCUUAGUAUCGUGUCCGAGCAGCUCUGCUACUCACGCGAUCCGGAAGCCAGAUGCUUGCCAUGGCUCCGCCCAUACCAAUCAGAGGCGGAUCGUCGACUGCUUGAAAUAUUGCUUUCUGUAAGGGGGCGAUGGGAGACGGUGGCUAUCAUGUCACCUGCCAUUUAUGACUGGAGUGGUAACAUCGAUACACCUCGGUUGAGAACAUUAAAAUGUUUUCUACGAGAGUUCAGGAGAUUUAACGCACCAAAUCUCCAUUGCCUACACAUCUUCAAUCGAAGUGAUUUUCCUGCCAAACCUGCUCCUAUCUGUAAAGAUAUACGUCAUCUCCGCCUUCAACACACUUCCGUCAAUGCUAUACGCUUCACUUCGGUGAUUUUUCCUCAUCUGGAGACCAUGAUAGUGGAUGAUUAUUCCCUAGGUUCUGGUGAUAGAAUUGACACUGUUGCACAAUCUCGCCUCAAAUCAAUGACUCUUCCCCUCACAUCGGAUCGACAGGAAUUCAUCGACAUACUUGAUGGGUUUCAUCUCCCAAUGCUACAAAAAUUGACUGUGGUGGUGGAAGAACUGAGAUCACUAGAAAUCGAAUGCAUUAUGGCGGCUUUGGCGGUGGCAACUUGCUCUGAGCCGACAGUAGACUUGAAGAUGGCCACACCGCCAAGCAAAGUUGAUAUAGAUAUCGUUGAACCAUUGCUCUUGGUCGCGAAGGAAGUUACUGUCUGCGGAAAAGUACUUGAAGAUCCUGUUGGAGGGGCAUCUGUGUUGUAGUAGCUUCCCC